AUGGGUGUGGUCCGGCUGUCCGUCUGUCUGCUGCUCCUCCUGGUCUGUCUGGAGCCGGUCAGCUCCAGGGAGAAAGGAAACAAGAAGGGCAAGAAGAAGGGGAAGCAGGUGUUCUGCCCCUCACAACUGUCACCGGAGGACCUGGCCCGCGUUCCCGCCAACUCCACCAGCAACAUCCUGAACCGCUUACUGCUCCCCUACGACCCCCGCAUCAGACCCAACUUCAAAGGCAUUCCUGUAGAGGACCGCGUCAACAUCUUCAUCAACAGCUUCGGAUCCAUCCAGGAGACGACGAUGGACUACCGGGUUAACAUCUUCCUGAGGCAGCGCUGGAACGACCCGCGCCUCCAGCUGCCCCAGGACUUCAAGUCGGACUCGCUCACCGUGGACCCGGGAAUGUUCAAGUGCCUGUGGAAGCCCGACCUCUUCUUCGCCAACGAGAAGAGCGCCAACUUCCACGACGUCACGCAGGACAACAUCCUGCUGUUCAUCUUCCGCAACGGAGACGUGCUCAUCAGCAUGAGGUUGUCGGUCACUCUCUCCUGCCCACUGGACCUCACCCUGUUCCCCAUGGACACCCAGAGGUGCAAGAUGCAGCUGGAGAGCUUCGGCUACACCACGGAGGACCUGCAGUUCGUGUGGCAGACCGGAGACCCCGUCCAGAUGGACGCCAUCGCGCUGCCGCAGUUCGACAUCAAGCAGGAGGACAUCGACUACGGCAACUGCACCAAGUUCUACGCCGGGACAGGCUACUACACGUGUGUGGAGGUGAUCUUCACGCUGCGCCGCCAGGUGGGCUUCUACAUGAUGGGCGUGUACGCCCCCACCCUGCUCAUCGUGGUCCUCUCCUGGCUCUCCUUCUGGAUCAACCCCGACGCCAGCGCCGCCCGCGUGCCCCUGGGCAUCCUGUCGGUGCUCUCCCUGUCCUCAGAGUGCACCUCCCUGGCCUCGGAGCUGCCUAAGGUGUCAUACGUGAAGGCCAUCGACAUCUGGUUGAUCGCCUGCCUGCUGUUCGGCUUCGCCUCGCUGGUGGAGUACGCCGUGGUGCAGGUGAUGUUGAACAGCCCCGCCCGCAUCCUGGCCGAGAAGGCCAAGAUGGCCGCCAAGGACAAGGCGGAGGGGAAGACCCCCCCCGCCGGAAAGAACACGCUGAACGGGACGGGGGGCACGCCGCUCCACGCCGGCACGCUGCACGUAGUGGAGAGUCGCUGUAAGAAGGUGUACACCUCUAAGUCGGACCUCCGCACCAACGACUUCAGCAUCGUGGGCUCGCUGCCGCGCGACUUCGCACUCUCAAACUUCGACUGCUACGGGAAGCCGGUGGAGCUGUUCCCCGGGACCAAGGGCCACACCAAGGCCCACCGGAGACCACCGCCCCCCAAGGCCGUCAUUCCCUCGGCCGCCAAGAGGGUGGACCUCUACGCACGCGCCCUCUUCCCCUUCACCUUCCUCUUCUUCAACGUGGUCUACUGGUCCGUUUACCUGUAG